CUAAUCCCUGUGAGCUGCAAUGCCGCCCUACGGACCACCACUUUUCAGAGAAGAUGCUAGAUGCUGUAAUUGAUGGCACGCCUUGCUUUGAAGGAAACGACAGAGACGUCUGCAUUAAUGGCAUGUGUAAGACUGUCGGCUGUGAUUAUGAAAUUAAUUCCAAUGCAACUGAAGAUCAAUGUGGAGUUUGUUUAGGAGAUGGAUCUUCUUGCCAAACAGUGAAGAUAACAUUCAAUCAGAGUGAAGGAUUAGGUUACGUUGACAUUGGCCUGAUUCCCAAAGGCGCAAGACACAUCAAGGUGGUUGAAGUGUCAGAAGCGGGGAAUUUCCUUGCGCUACGAAGUGAAGACCCUCAGAAGUAUUACCUAAAUGGAGGGUUUAUUAUUCAGUGGAAUGGAGAUUACAAAGUGGCAGGAACAAUAUUUCAGUAUGGAAGAAAAGGAGAUUUAGAAAACCUCACUGCUUCUGGACCCACAAAUGAAUCCUUGUGGUUACAGCUCCUUUUUCAGGAGAACAACCCUGGAAUAAAAUAUGAAUACACUGUCCGCAAAGACUCAAACUUGGAGAAUGAAGUGGAGGAGCCUGAAUACUUUUGGAAAUAUGGAAGCUGGACAAGUUGUAGUGUAACUUGUGGCAAUGGGUUUCAACGACAGAUUGCCCACUGUAUGAAAAAGGGGAAGAGUGUGGUGAAAAAUCUGUUUUGUGACCCAGAAACACAGCCUACGGCAAAACAAAAAAAAUGCAUUGAAAAAGAUUGUCCACAAAGAUGGUGGGCAGGGGAAUGGCAGAAGUGUUCCACCACCUGUGGCCCCACAGGAGAAAAGAAGCGCACUGUCCUUUGUAUCCAGACAGUGGGAUUUGACGAGCAGGCUUUGCCUGCAGAGAAGUGCCAGCAUCUGCUAAAACCAAAGACUCGCUUUUCAUGUAACAGGGAUAUCUUGUGCCCCUCUGACUGGACAGUAAGCAACUGGACUGAGUGUACAGUUACCUGUGGUGGAGGAGUACGUACUCGCUAUGUCACUUGUACCAAAAACAAUGGAGAACCAUGUGAUGUUUUGAAGAAACCCCAUUCUAAAGCUCUGUGUGGUCUACAGCAAUGCCUAUCCACCCAAAGAUUGCUGAUGACUCAUUUCAAGUUCCAUAACGGAAAGAUCAUUAGAAGAAUAGGGGCUACUCCCAGAAGAGGCCCUUCAAAAAAAUUGGCCACCCCAGAACCACAACCAAGAAUCCAUUCAACAAUAAUACCCAAGCUCAAAAACAUUACUUUGUUACCCACUUCCUCUAGUCUUGUAAAUUCUUCUCAAAAUAAAGACUUGGAAGUAAAAAUGUUACAAAACAAUUCCAUUGACUCAAACAUACCCAGUAACUACUCCUGUGUAACUAGUGACAACAGCUCUUUGCAAAACAGCACUCAUGAACCUAUCAUAACUAAUUCACAUGUUACAAAUGCUGGGAACAUACCUUUAGAAGGUAGUUCCAUAAACAAGGACUCCUUUACCAUUGACCCCAUUUAUAACCCAAAGGGUAAUUAUCUAACUCAAGCAUAUAACACAACACCCAACAGUACUGAAGGAGAAAUAAAAGACUACAUCCAGACUGAAAGACCAACAGAAAGGUUCCUUACAUUCACCCCAAGCAAGGUCUCAAGAAUUUCACAUACAGAUGAUCAGCCUGAUAAUUUCAACCAAUUUUCUGUUACUCCAGCAAGAGGAAUUGAGGUUUCAUUGACAACGACAGAUCUCAAAGGUCUUCAUGUACAAAUAAAUCCACCUGUUACAGCAGAUCCUGUUACAGAACAACCAACACUAUUAGAGGAUACAUUAGAAGAGAAAUCUGCAAAUACAACACCAUCAAAGUCCUCUUUCAGUGAAAUAUCCCCUUGGCCCACAGAAAGUCCGUUUGUGCGAGACACCAGUAUGCCAAAGAGUGAGAAUACUUUCAAAGCAAUGUUGCUAAAUGACUCUGAUUCAGAAAAGUCCAGAAACCUGAAUAUUGAUGCCUAUUGGUUGGUGGGAAACUGGAGUGAGUGCUCUACCACGUGUGGUGUUGGGGCCUUUUGGAGACCAGUGGAAUGCAACACCAAGAAUGAGUCUGACUGCCAGCACAUCAAAAAACCCGAUCCAGCCCAAAGAUGCUAUCUUCGGCCAUGUGCACAGUGGAGAGCCGGAGACUGGAGCAAGUGCUCCUCCAGCUGUGGAGGUGGUUUCAAGACUCGAGAUGCGCAAUGCAUUGAUGUGCGAGAGAAGAGACCCCUGAGGCCAUUCCACUGCCAGGUAGCGCAAAGCCAGCCAGUAUUGAACAUGAGCUGUAACAUGGAUCCUUGCUUGGUAUGGCACACAGAGCCUUGGAAUGAGUGUUCGGUUUCAUGCGGAGGGGGCACCCAGAAAAGAGCAGUGCACUGCAUCAGUGUGGAUGACCGUGCAGCCAAGGAGGAGAACUGGUGUGAGCAGGAGACCAAGCCUCCAGAUUCUCAGAAAUGCAACCUACAAAAGUGUGUGAAAAGCACUGGUUCAUCCUGCAGCAAGGACAGACUAUCAGUGACUUUCUGUGAGAGAGUGCGAGAUAUGGGCAAAUGUUCUGCACCAUCAGUGUGGAAUCAGUGCUGCUCCACGUGCAAGAGAUUCUUGGCUGUUAACAAAAUGAGGGGUAAGAAUCAACCAAGCUUGAAACAUAACCCAAACGAAAACUAGACUUGCUAAGGUGGAAUUCAGAAAUAAAGAAAUCUCUUCUACCAUUUCCAGCACGGUCUGUGGACUUAUAAUUCAGUGGCUUUAAAACUUUCCAGAAGCAAGGAAAGCCUUUUGAAACAUUGGACUCAUUAUUUUUGUACAUUCUAUAUACUAUCCUUAUUUUUCCGUACCUGUCUGUAGUUCCUUUAAUGUGUCAUUCAUUUUCCUUCCCUGGAUCUUUUCCUGUUGGAUCUUUCUGGCCCAGUUUAAAUCAGGUUUUCUUGCUUUUAAUGGCAACACCGGUUAAAGCCCUUUAUGCUGAUUCAGCAAGAGAGCUCUACAGGAAAUGGAAAAAGAAGUUGAUAUAUGCAAGUAUACGCCUUAUUCUGUAGAAAAACAGUCAUCUAGGUCCUGUUGGAUUGAUAAUGAGAGACUCAUUAAUGCACAUCAUGAGUUGUCAUUGUCAUCCAUUGACUUAUAUGUCACUUUUUCACAAAACAGUGAUUUUUGAAGCUAAGGCUGUAGAACCUGAAGUCCUCCAGAUGUUUUUGAACUUAACCAGCAUGGCUUAUGCUAAAAAAGUACGGGACAGUGAUCAGACAAUACUUUCCCUUCCUAGGAUUGUAUUUUCUUCUGAAAUUCUAUAUGUAAAGAAUUGUAAAAGUUGCCGUAUUUGUGGACAACAGAUUUAUACCUCUAAGUGAAUUAACCACUUUUGUUCUUAAAUAUGGUGCUAUUAUACUGUGGUGCUAAAACCUGUAUGGCCUCUAAACACUCUUCCUAUGGCUGGGUUCAAAGAAGAUGCUAAGCCAGAGCCAAGCAAAUAAUACUUUGGCUCAUCACAGUGGAUGAAUUCAACCACCUCAGUUUAUAAUCAUGGAGUUUUUGGCUUAGCACGUCCUGUCAACCUAGCUAAUUGUGAAGUAGUGAACAAACUAUGGGUAAAUAAAUCAUGGCUUAAGGCAGUUUGUGAAACCAGUCAUUGUAUAAAUGAAUGGAUGAUCAAAUCUGCAUCUGCCUUGAAAAUAUACUUCAGCAUGGUGUUGCUGUGCAAUGCCUGCCAUAUUGCUUUUUCAAGUAUUAUUUGGUAUGUUUUGCUAAAACUGCUUUAAUUUGUAAAAUACUGAAAGUUGUAUGGCCCCUUGUGAGACUAUAAAGUGUGUCUGCUUCUUU